UUUCCAUUACCCCUCCAGCCCCCACCCAUGCCUUUUGAAUCGGACUGAGGUCAGUCUCAAGUUGGCCUCUCAAAGUGUAGACGGGGAAAUUAAGCACAGUGACCCGCCAGGAACACCUGGGCUCAGGUUAUGUAUAAGAUUUUCUGAAACUUCUGGGACAGAGAGAAGACAGCUUAGAUGAUGGAAGCCGUUGUAUCAUUUGAAGGGGACAAUGACAUGUCCUAUGAGGACAGCGAGUCACCUCCACCCUCUCCAUUCAGUAGGCCUACUGGACUUAAAGGCACCUAUGACUUGGAGCAGAUGAGGCAACAGGAAGAGGAGCAGAAUCAGAGUUUCACUUUCACCAGAGACGUGGAGGCUGCUCGAAAUACCAACACCAAUGCCAUCAAGAGGGGAGAUGCAGAGGCAUACGUGGAGUUGAACGAGCUUCGGGGAGAGGUAUGGCAGGAAAUGGGACGCUGGGUGGGUUAUGAGGAGAAUUUCAGCCCUGCUACAGGACAAUGGGGCUCCUCCCAUAUUUCCUAUCUCACAUUUAAAAGCCUCAUUCAACUCCGCAAGGUCAUGAGCACAGGAGUGGUGCUGUUGGAUGUUGAUGAUAGCAGCUUAUCAAGCAUUUCUCAGAAGAUGGUGGAACAACUUCUGUUAAAAAAAGAGAUCCGGCCCACUGACCGCGAUACUCUUGUGGCCAUACUGCAACGGAAGCGCAGUCAGUUAGAGCCCACUUCGUUCCCUGGUUCAGGAGACAUAGAGAUGCAAACGUUCUCAGUCACCAAACAGCGAGACAUGGUUGAUCGUGUGGAGGCCUCUGUUGUUUUAUCAGGUGUGGUGGAGAACCUUCAGAAACCAGUGAUAGCAUUUGCACGUCUGAAGGAUUCAGUGGUGAUGGAUGGGGUUCUGGAAGCUCCAAUUCCAGUCCGCUUUGUCUUCUUCCUGGUGGGCCCCAGUCACAGUGGCCUGGACUACCAUGAGAGUGGCCGGGCCAUGGCAGCACUGAUGGCCGACUGGGUAUUCACUCUGGAAGCUUACUUGGCCACAAAUGAGAAGGAUCUGACUACUGCCAUGGCAGAUUUCAUGGACUGCAGCAUUGUGAUCCCUCCAACAGAAAUCCAGGAUGAGAUGAUGCUUAAGCCCAUCAUCAACUUCCAAAAGAAGAUGCUGCAUGAGAGGGCCCGCCCAUAUGACUCCCGACUUAUGGUUGGGGGCAUAGCAACAACUGGACCUGAGAAGCCACGUGAGGAUCCACUGGCCCGUACCGGCUAUCCAUUUGGCGGGAUGAUCAAAGACAUAAAGCGUCGCUACAAGUAUUACCUUAGUGACUUCAGAGAUGCUCUAGACCCUCAGGUGGUGUCUGCUGUAAUCUUUAUCUAUUUUGCUGCCCUUUCUCCUGCCAUUACCUUUGGAGGACUGCUUGCGGAUAAAACGGAGCACAUGAUUGGGGUCUCUGAGAUGAUGGUUGCGACCUGCGUGCAGGGUGUCAUCUUUUGUCUGUUUGCGGCUCAGCCAGUUCUCAUCAUUGGGUUUACUGGUCCGUUAAUGGUGUUUGAGGAAGCCUUCUUUCAGUUCUGCAAGUCUAAUGGCUUUGAGUACAUUGUGGGUCGUGUCUGGGUGGGAAUGUGGUUGAUCGUCAUUGUGGUGGUGAUUAUGGCAGUGGAGGGGAGCUUCCUUGUCCGUUUCAUCUCACGCUUCACCCAAGAGAUAUUCUCCAUCUUGAUCUCUCUCAUUUUCAUCUACGAGACCUUUUCCAAGCUUAUCAGGAUUUUCAAAGCGCAUCCUUUGGUUCUGAACUACGAUCACUUGAAUCAUACCUUAGAAGACCCCUUCCACCCUAUCAAAAAGACUAUCAAUUUAACGCAUCCUGAUGGCAAUGUUACAGAGCAUCAUGAACAUGUAGAAAGAGCCUACCCCAACACUGCCCUGCUCUCCAUGUGCCUUAUGUUUGGCUGUUUCUCUAUUGCAUACUAUCUGCGUGGAUUUAAAACUGGAGUCUUCCUUCCUGGCCCAAUUCGUCGAAUGAUUGGAGAUUUUGGUGUUCCCAUUGCCAUCUUCUUCAUGAUCACUGUGGAUAUCUGCAUCAAGGAUGCCUACACACAGAAACUGGUGGUUCCAAAGGGGCUGACUGUGUCCAAUACAUCUGCCAGAGGCUGGAUCAUUAACCCAAUGGGUGAGAAGAAGGAUUUCCCUAUCUGGUUGAUGUUCGCCUGCGUUGUUCCUGCCAUAUUGGUCUUCAUUCUUAUUUUCCUUGAGUCCCAGAUCACCACGCUGAUUGUGAGUAAGCCUGAGAGAAAAAUGUUAAAGGGAUCAGGUUUCCAUCUGGAUCUGCUCCUUUUGGUGUUCUUGGGGGGAGUUGGGUCUAUUUUUGGUGUCCCCUGGCUUAGUGCUGCCACAGUGAGAUCUGUCACCCAUGCCAACGCCCUGACUGUCAUGACCAAAGGCCCCAAACCACAAAUUGAACGGGUGUUAGAACAGAGGGUCAGUGGAAUUUUGGUGGCCAUAAUGGUUGGGGUCUCCAUUCUCAUGGAGCCCGUCCUGAAGAUGAUACCCAUGACAGCCCUUUUUGGGAUCUUCCUCUAUAUGGGUAUCACUUCACUGAGUGGAAUCCAACUUUGGGACCGUAUGCUUCUCCUAAUUAUGCCCAAAAAGCAUCAUCCAUCUGUUCCAUAUGUCACUCGGGUGCAGACUAUGCGUAUGCACCUAUACACUCUGAUUCAGGUCAUCUGUUUGGGGAUUCUGUGGGCGGUGAAAUCUAGUGCAUAUUCACUUGCUCUUCCAUUUGUAAUAAUCCUCACUAUCCCUCUGCGAAUGUUCAUGACUGGUCCCAUCUUUACUGUGAUGGAGAUGAAAUAUCUGGAUGCAGAUGAUGCAAACGUGAAAUUUGAUGAUGAGGAUGACUAAAAUAUCCCCAAAACACACUUGGACAUCUUCCCUGAUUCCUGAUUUGAGGCCACAAUGAAGUCAUCUGUGUGCAUUACAUAAGGAGCUGUUGUACAUUCUAAUCCAACCUUAUCUAAUCAGUUUGGCAGUAUUAUUAUGUUUUAAUACUUGGAAAGCUUUAGAAUGCAAUUAAUGCACACCUAAAAAUUUACAAACUGUUCAUAGACAUUCCAUAGUUGUUUAUUACAAUCUUCUCUCGUUGUGCUUUAUUUUCUUCUUUUGUGUGUUUGUGUGCCGGAUAAGAUUUGUAUUAUUAUAAUACAUUGUUAUGCUUCCUGGUGUUUAUUUAUUUUAUGUAUUCAGGGGUUCAUGCAACAAAAUAAAAAUGUAAGUGUGUCACACUGUCACAUCUGUGAAGUAUAUCAGCCAGUUUGAAUGCAAAUAUCAUCCUGUUUUUGCAGGUGAUGCCUAUGUGCCUUUAUAUUUAUUGGAAUUUUAAUGAUUGACAAUUUUCAGGGACAUCAUACCUGUAAAUAUAUUAGACUUGUGUUUCUGCCAUUUACAGUAUACUGCCAUUUACUAUUGCAAUGAUUUGCUACCUUUGAGUAUGACUGAAUAGUGGUUUCAUGUGUAUUAAAUCUGUUAUUGUGUGUUUCAUCAAUUGUUUAUUAAACAUCUUAUUAAAA